UUUCCAAAAAGAAGGAGGGUACUUUCCCAAACUUACACCGAUCUGUUUGCAGCAAAUUGGUAACCACGCAUGAGUCCAGUAAUUAUUCGCACAAGGUGAUUGAUUUCCUUCCAAAAGUGUACAGCAUCUCCAACUCCAACACGGCUUCGACUUGGUACGCCUUCUUCUUUCUCCUUAUAUAUCCCCUUCCUUCAAGCUCACCCAGAGAAAGAAACAGAGCACCCGCCUCCGCCGUCGUCGCGCUUCUCCCCCUCCUGCGUACCUCGUUCGACGACCAGGAUGCAGCCGCCGCUCGGCAAGAAGACGAAAGGGCGCCAGCGCCGCGAGAACCGGCUGGUGGAGGACAGGGAGUCCCGGCAGGUGACCUUCUCCAAGCGCAAGUCCGGCCUCUGGAAGAAGGCCUCCGAGCUCGCCCUGCUCUGCCGCGCCAGCCUCGCCGUCGUCGUCUUCUCCGAGGCCGGCAAAGGCUUCGCGUUCGGUAGCCCCUCCACCGACGCCGUCCUGGCCUACGCCGGCUACGGCGACGCCGAUGUCCAUGCUGCUGCCACUGCCGCUGCUGACGACGUGGAGUGGGAGGCCCUGGAGGCGCUGUGCCGGGAGACAGAGAAGAAAGACGUGGAGGUGGCCGCGGAGGCCGCGUGGAUGAGCGGCGUCGGGAAGAAGGUGGCGGACGUGCAGACGCAGGCGGGGAAGCGGUUCUGGUGGGAGGUGGACGUGGAGGCGCUCGGGGAGGCCGAGCUGCCCGAGUUCGCCAGGGCGCUCCAGCGCCUCAGGGACAACGUGCGCCGCCGCGCUGACAACCUGUGUCCGCUCUGCCGCCGCCGUAGUUCAGGGCGGACCAGGCAUCCGUUAAUUGCCAGUGGUCUUGGUUUAUUUUAUGCUAUCCGCGAAAGAAAUUUGUGUCACAAAGUACGACUCCCUUUUUAAUUGUAAUUUCCUACAGUAUAAGAUCAAUUUGCUACAGGGACUA